ACCCUUUUUUCCUUCACGACCAAGGCGCAACCCAUGAAAAUUUUCUCGUACAUGAAUUUCAGGAAUAAAACAUCCAAUGGUGUCCCACACCUGAUUAUUGGCAAUGAUACAAUCGAAGAAGAUCAAGAAAAAGCAGAAGCAAUGGCAAACUACUUCUCCCAAGUCUUCACUCAGGAGUCAUCACUCCCUACAGGAUCAGCUCUGGCUGCAUCAGAGGAAUACGGGAUAGAUUCCGUUGACAUCGACCAAGGCACUGUGCUCAACUUCUUAAUGAAACUAGAUGCAGGAAAAUCAAUGGGUCCUGACAGUCUUCAUCCAAGGCUUCUCAAGGAGCUAUCAGCCCACAUAGCCGGCCCCUUGACCACGAUCUUCAAGCUCUCUCCAAAAUGGAGUGUUGCCACGUGAUUGGAAAGACACCAUAGUAACCCCCAUACACAAAGGAGGAUCAAGACAAAGCCCUUCAAAUUACAGGCCUAUCAGUCUCACCAGCACUUUAAUCAAGACACUGGAAAUAAUUAUCAAGAAAAGCGUCAUGGUAUAUCUGGAAAAUAGCAGCUUGUUAUCUGGAGCACAGCAUGGCUUCCGGAGGAACCUCUCAUGCCUGUCAAAUCUCCUCACUGCAAGAGAAAGCUGUGUCAAAUCAAAAGACAACAGAAGACCCGUUGACGUCGUCUUCAUAGACUUCAGUAAAGCCUUUUGUCAAUCACGUCUCAUAGACCGUUAAUGCCCAGCUCUC